AUGAUGGCUCCAUACUCGCAACGCACUGAACCCGAACGCAUUGCGUUAGUGCUAGUGGUCUGUUUGUCCGACCUGCUUCUCACUGGCCUCGUCUUUGGAUGGGCACCAUUGCUUUUACUACUUAAAAAGGAAGGUCAGUACCAUGAGCGGUGUACAAACCCGAGCGAGCCCGCUUGCGUGGAGCAGGAGAACCGACUCAAUCUCAUCUUUGCGGUGGCUGCAGUAACUGUGAACGUUGGAGCACUACCUGUUGGAAUAUUUAUGGACAGGACAGGACCUCAAGCGACCGUCAUUACUGCUGCAAUCAUUGAGGUCGCAGGCAUUAUUUUGCUGGCAUUUGCAGAGUCACAGACCUUCGAUGUGUUUGUACUAGCUUACUCGCUUAUUGCCUUCGGAGGAUGUAUUACUAUGAUGUCAUCGUAUCCCGCCAGCUUCCUCAUCAUGCGUUACCAAACAGCAAUUCUUGCAGCAAUAAGCUGUCUAUUUGACGGCAGCAGUGUUAUCUUUCUCGUCCUGUAUGCUGUUCAUGAGCGCUUUGGCUGGACGCGCAGAGAGCUACUUUUGGGACUGGCAGUAGUUUCUACACUUGUUUACUUGUUGUUGAUCAUUCUUUGGGGUCUAAAUGAGAAGAACCUGCGUUCGAAGCAGAACUCUAGUGUAAAGAGUGACGAAGUGGAGGUGACGACACAUCGCAAAGAACCAAUGGCAGAUCGACAGGCGAACAAUAUUAAAUACGACAGUGUGAAGAUGCAGAAGACCACGUCCGAGAGUAUUCCAUUAAUCUCCAAACCUUUAAAGCAAGACAAUGCAGCUUUUUGCCAUGUGGACAUUGAUCUUCUCAAGCAGAUGAAGACUUUCGAAUUUUUAUUCAUUGUGGCGUACGCAGCCGUUCAGAUGCUGCGUGCUACUGUCUAUAUUGGCACAACAAACAAGCUGCUAGAAAAUUACGGCGAUCGUGAACACAAUUACCUGUACACCAAGAUAUUUAGCUUCAUUUUGCCGAUGGGCUUUAUUUUCGUUCCAUUUAUUGAUUAUCUGGUGGAGAAACGGGGACUGUCGAAGGCACUGCAAUUCACAAAUGCGCUGGGUGUGCUGUAUAAUGUGGUCGAGCUCGCACCAAUUUUACCGCUGCAGUGCAUUGCCUUCUUGCUAUUUACGGCAUUCCGAGCGUUUCUGUACGCAAUUAUCUCAGCUUUUACGGCUAAGACGUUCGGUCUCAAAAACAUGGGGUCACUUAUAGGGAUUAUUUUUUCAGUCGGUUCUGUCAGCAGCCUUUUGCUUAAUGUGCUAUCCCUGCUGUCCUGUGUCUUGAUGAUUCCACUUACGAUGUACUUGCACAAGUAUGAGUACGAUAACGAAGUACAACACCGCAACGAGAUUGCACGUGAGAGCGGCGUCGCACACUUACACGCUGGACACGCUGGACACGAGACAUCUUCAUCACUCCAGUAG